AUGAGACUACUCAAUGCUCAUACGCUCAAGCUGGAGCUCUUCCACGCCUCGACUCCGCAGAAAAUUCAAUAUGCCACGCUGUCACACACGUGGGGGGAAGAUGAGGUUAGCUUCGGCGACAUGGAAAAUCCUGCAGCUGCGGAACAGAAGUUAGGAUUCGCAAAGAUACGCUCGGCGUGCGAAACGACCAUCUCCUAUGGCCUGAGAUAUGUCUGGGUGGACACAUGCUGUAUAGACAAAUCAUCUAGUGCAGAGCUCUCUGAGGCCAUCAACUCCAUGUUCCGCUGGUAUAAGAACUCGGCUUUCUGCUUCGCAUAUCUUUCUGAUUUACGACCAGGCCAGACCGUUGACCAAUCUGCUCUUGGGACGUGCAAAUGGUUCAGUAGAGGGUGGACUUUACAGGAGCUCAUCGCUCCUAAGGAGUUGGUCUUUUUUGACCAAACUUGGAACCGCAUCGGAACUAAAUCUGAUCUUAAGAUCGAAAUUGAGAGUAUCACUGGCAUUAACCACCAGAUACUGGAUCGAUCCUGUCGUCUUUCAUCCGUUGCGAUUGCGAAACGGAUGUCUUGGGCCUCCCAUCGGGAGACAACCCGUGUUGAAGACAAGGCCUAUUCUCUGCUGGGACUUUUCGAUAUUAACAUGCCGAUGAUAUAUGGCGAGGGGCCUAGAGCCUUCAUUCGACUACAAGAGGAAAUUUUGCGCAUGACGACUGAUUUAUCCAUAUUCGCAUGGCGCUCCGCCCCCAACUCUUCAAGUUACCGGGGUAUACUUGCAGAAUCUCCCGCCGAGUUCCGGCUCUGUGGCUCUAUUGAACUCAAUACAGAUCAAUUUCGAUUCCGUGACGAAAUUAGUCUUACAAACAAGGGCGUGAAGAUCCAUACAGCAAUAACCCGUAUGGAGGAGACUGACAUGUUCAUGCUGGAUCUACAUUGUUACGAUAUGGCGUCGCAAACGUCCCCAGAACGUUUGGGUAUUUAUUUGGAGAGAGAAUUGGACACAUUUUAUCGAAAGUUGCCUUCGGCUCUUUCUACAAUGGAGUCAACGUUUGCGGCUCAGGCCCCUCGCACUAUAUAUCUUGCACGAACCUUGACAGAAAGGAUGGCGGAACUCGUUUAUGGAUUUAGAGAGUUACGAAUCAAGUUUAGCUUUGAUGAAGCCUCAAGGGGCUCUUACACCGUCGAGAACCUACUGGCCGUUCCAGAAUUAUUCUGGGACCAACCUGGACAGUGCUUUUAUCUUCCAAGAUUUUCUAACUUCCUAGGUUUUGCACGUUUCUGUAUCACUCCCGACGAUCGUUAUUCUAGUCUAGCACCAAAGUCUUUGCUCCUGGUUUGCAAUAGGAUUUAUGGCGGACAAUUACAUCUGGAUUUUCGCGAGGAAUGUCAGUUCCAAAGUGAAUACGGGGACGGGCAAUGGCAAAAAACUAUCAACCCCUUUACCAACAUUGAAGACUACGGCCCUCUUGGGGACCCCUUUAGUCUUAACGCCAUAUGCCCCGGAGAGAGGGAAGGCGGGGGCAGGUCGGCAACAAUUCUUUUACGCGACUACGUUCUUCGAGCUGAUAUGGACAAGUCGGAUGGACAGCACUUGAGAAUUAAUGUUCAUAUUGAAGUAAUCCAGACCCCCUGA